AUGAGCGUGGAUAAUUUAAGAAUGCCACUAUCAGAAGGUACUAAAACACCACAAAUAUACAAAUUAGAAAUCAGAGAUUCGAAUUAUGAUAAAGAUGAAAAUGAAACAAAGGCAUAUAAAACGACUGCACGCUCAAUUGGGCUUACAAAAAAUGAAUUGGAACAAUAUAGUAAUGAUCCAUUCUGGAAGGUAGUUAGGAAUGCAAUGUUUGUGCUUUUUUGGGUGGCAUGGGUUUUGAUGUUUCUAGCUGCUGUACUAAUCGUUGUAUUUAGUCCAAAAUGUGAAGCUGAAAAAAAACCUGAAUGGUGGCGUAGGCAUGUCAGUUAUCAGAUAUUUACACCAUCUUUUCGUGAUUCCAACAAUGAUGGAAUUGGUGAUUUCAAUGGAAUUCGAGAAAAACUUAAUGAUUUACGAAAGAUUGGAAUAAGAACAAUUUGGGUAACACCUGUAAUUGCUAUUCAAAAGGAUGAUUUCAUUCCUCUCGAUGUGAUUGAUUUUACAAAUGUUGAUGAACGUUUCGGUACAAAAGAUGAUUUAAAAUCAUUGAUAGAUGCAACACAUGAACUAGAAAUGCAUUUUACAAUGGAUUUACCCGUAUCAACGACAUCUGUAUCACAUAAAUGGUUUAAAUCAGCAAAAGAGGGUGGUGAUUACGUCGAUUAUUACGUUUGGAAAAAGGCAUUAGAUGUAAAAGAUGAUUUAAAUUACGUUGCUGAAGAGGGUAAUGAGAAUGCUUAUUUGACUUAUGAUGGAAAAGGUCCAGUACUAAAUUGGAAUAAUCCUGCCGUACAGGAUAGUAUGCUUGAGGUUGCAAAAAAUUUCGUUGAUAUGGGAGUUGAUGGUUUUCAUGUGGAACAUAUUAGUCAAUUAAUCAGACACUUGCCGAAAUCAGAGGGACAUGCUGCAUUGUUGAAGAUCAAUGAUUUCAUUGGAAGCCUACAGCAUUAUGCAAGUAGUAAUGAAACACUCAAUAGUCGAGAGAUUAUUGUAUUUUCAUCUUUGGAUGAUUUAUCCAACCUACAAGAUGCUGAUAUUCUCACUUUGUCAAACCUUACUUAUAUCAUCGAUGAUUCGGUCACCAAACUAAACAAUGGAACAUGUCCAAGUGGAAUAGCGCUAUGUUUACAUUCUACACUUAUCACAUCUUUCGAACGAUUCAAUACCAGACCACUCCCAUACGCAUGGCAAUUCAUGAAUUAUCACGUUUCACGUCUUAGUACAAGAUUUGAUAAAGCAACAGCAACAUUACUAUCUUUUGUACAGCUUUCAUUGCCAGGUAUUGUUGAACUGUAUUAUGGACAAGAAUUAGAUCUUGAAGAUGGUACUGAUUCAACAAACAAAUUUACUGGUUUAAUGCAGUGGAAUAGCAGCGAAUAUGGUGGUUUCACAGCUGGCAGCCAGAAACCAUUCUUCUCUAAUACUCUUAACUAUAAAGAAGAUAAUUUCGAGGCUCAAUAUGGUAGCUAUCGUUCACCACUGAAAACAGUGAAAGCAGUAGCAAAAAUGCAUCAACGUGAAUAUAAUUUUGCACUUGGUGAGACACAAUUAGCACCGCUUACUCAAGAUGUCAUCUUAUUUAGUCGAUUCUAUCAAAAUGAGAAUGGUACCAGUGGGGCGGCUUACCUGAUUGGCGCAAACUUUGGAAUAUCCAAUGUUGAAGUAAAUGGAACAACAGUAUUACCGGACGGUUAUAGGCUACAUAAAGCGGAAGUAGCUAUUGUUACUCCAAAUGUUGACAAAUACUUAGCUAGGGAUAAAAUAUCAUUGUAUGAUAAAAUUGUUCUUGGUCCUAAACAGGGAAUUAUUAUCAAAGUUUAA